UGCCAUUGCUGACAUCUGCGCCAUGCUGCGAGCCAAAGGCAUCACGGUCAGAUUUGCUAUCCAUCCUGUCGCCGGAGUACGUGGACAAUCAGUCCCCUGUCGCAGCUGGACUGACCUCUCCACCUCUCGCAGCGGAUGCCAGGACAAGUGAGUUCCGCCUCUCUGUCAGUGUGAUCGUCCAUUCUCACACGGCCCAGUGCAAUGUGCUUCUGGCAGAAGCAUCUGUUCCUUAUGACAUCGUCUU